AUGGAUGAUAACGAAGUAAAUUAUUCAACUAUUUACAAAACACCUGAGUUUGAGCUUAGAAAUCCAAGAGUUUUAGCAUGGUCCAUAAUUUUUCAAAAUGGAUCUCCCAACAAUAAAAUACCGAACUCUCCAACCAAAACUCAUUUUGAUAAGGAUAUUUCAUCUGUAACUAAUUGUGGGAAUUCUCUAGAUUUAAAUGGUACAGAAUCUUCUGAAAAUACAUUAAAAAGGCCUUUUAGUACAUGGCGUUGUUUGUACUGGCCAGAAGUAGCUGUAAAUCCAAUAUACUCUUCUGGAUAUGCUAAAAUGAGAAUUGUUCUAUACCUUAAUAAGCUGAAUAUAUCUGCCAAUUUUUCUGAAGAUAAUGCAGAAAGUGUAUACAAUGGUGAACUUAAUAAUAUUAAGUCAAAUCUAGAUAUGGCACCUAUUGAGUUACUUCCUUAUGUCAGGAUAUAUUAUGAUAAGGAAUUACUAUAUCAAAGUUCUAUAAUAAAAUCAGAUUUAUGUAUCAUACUUGAUAUAGAAGUUCAUCAUCCACUAAGUAAUUUAUAUGCUGAAAUUUACGAUUGGGAUAAUUCAGAUACCUCUUUAGUUGGAACUGACGAUUCUAUUGGCCAAUUAAUAAUACCAAUAGGCAUACAUGCUAAUAAAAAAGCUCUUGAUACACGUUUAAUUGUAGGAAUGGAUGAUGAAGCACGUGUAUUAUUUAUUAGGAAGUCAUACCAAAAAAAAGUUCUUUCUGAUAAUAUUGUUGCUCAAAAAUUACUCAAAUUUCCAUUAAACAGUAACUUCAAUUUACCUGUUUAUAAUUCCAGUGGAAAUUAUACUGAUAUCUCUGAUAUUAUUUACAGUGAUAUAAUCUCUAAAUUAACAAAAGAAGCUUUAUUACUAGCAAAGAAUGCAGAGGAAAAGUACAAAGUCAAUACUGGUAGAUUACAAAAUCCACAUGAAUACUUGGUUACACGUAUUUAUUCAGAAGUUAAGUGGAGUAGGAUAACACUAAUACCUAGAGAAAUAGCUGCUUUAAAUUUACCAGAACCAUGCAAGAAAAUACAUGAAGCAAAUUCACAACUCAGCCCUAACAUUAAUAAAGAUUUGAAUAGAAUAAUCAAUUCUAUUAAAGUAAUUAAAGAUAUAUUUUGGCCAGCCUGUAUAAAGCCCAUUCAACAAAAAAUACAAGUGAUAAUUGAAUGGGAAUCAACUAUUUUAUCCUUUACUAUUAUUGGAUUUAUAAUAUAUUUACUAUUAUACCCUCAAUAUACCUUCCCAAUAUUCUUUGGAAUAUCCUUAAUAACACUUGGUUCUACAUUUUUGCAUAGAUAUUGGGCAUAUGAUAGGAUUAACCAAAUUACAGAAUAUAACUUGAAACAAACACAAACUCUUAAAAAGAACUUGGAUGGAGACAUUCAACAAAAUACUUCUCGAGAAAAUGAGCCAUUAUCUCCUAUAAUAAUAGAUGGAACUGAACCUUUAGUAGGUCAAAGUGAUGAAACUGAUAUUCUUCAAGUAUUAUCAUCUUCAGCACUACCUCCUGGCUAUAAAAUAUAUCUCAAUAAAGCAGCUAAUAUUUUUGAAAGGCUAUCAAAAAUAUUGAAAUUGGUCGUAUCUAUAAUAUAUUGGGAGGAUAUUGUAACGAGCUUAGUUCUCUCAAUAUUUUUAUUAUUUUCUCUACUAUAUUCUCUAUUUUAUCCAUAUAUUUUCCAAUAUGGUAUCCAAUAUAUUAUUUUAUCGACAAUUUCGAUUACAGUCUUAUCUGCAUUACCACCUCUAAAAAGCAUAACUAGAAUGUUUAUUGCUUUUAGAAAGUAUAGAAAAUUGAAAAUGAUAAAGUUUCAAAAUUAA